AUGUCUUCCACUAAGUUCAAGGUCGACCUUUUUCCAGUCCGCGAAAAGCACUGCAUCCCAGCUGCUGCGCGAACGAUUCACAAAUCGUUCUCAUCGGAUCCUUUGAUUCGAUGGCUGCGCCCUAAUGCAGUUCCAUGGGCUCAUCAAAACACCAGCACAUGGAAUUGGCAGUAUCGACGUAUCCAGCACAUCAUGUCAAAGGGAGAAGUUUUCAGAUCGAUGGGCGUUGAACAAAUGGCAGUCCAGUAUCCGCAAAAAGGACUCUCUCAAGAGCCAGCAAUCGCUACAUCUGACAGAGUUAAUUUGUCUGAUCAAAAGCUUCCAGCAUCGUUGUGCGGCGAAGAUAAUUCAAACUUUGACGAUGAUGCUGGCGCAGUAGUGUUCCUGUUCCCACCACCAGGUCGAAUAACAUGGUCGAUUCCGCGUAUAUGCUUGGCGUGCAAGCUGUGGCUGUUGGACUGGUUGAAACCUGCACAUGAUAGCGGCGCCAGAGAGAAGCGUGUGGAAAUACUUCUAGAUAAGCAUGAAGCUAGCUUGAAGUUGCUACAGACACGGUAUCCUUCGGACAACUUGUGGUACCUGGAAGUCGUCACUGUGCAUCCUUCACUCCAAUCACGUGGAUUGGGCGGAGGUGUGAUGAGAUGGAUAUUGGAUCAUGUCUACGGUGAGCCAAUUUAUCUCGAGUGCACGCGCAAAGAGAAUGUUGGGUUUUAUGAAAGCUUUGGCUUUGAGGUUGCCGAAGAGGUUGAAAUGGCGGAAGAAGGUCAAGAGGAUCUGUUCAAACAUUGGGUGAUGGUUCAUCCAGGAAAAUCAUAA